AUGGCACCGGAGGCAACCAGUGCUCCAUCAAAAGCGGCGUCGACCUCACUCAAAGACGAGCUAGCGGCAGCCCUGCCAGCAAGCUUCACUUCCAAGAUACGAUACAUACGAUCACCAUCCAAGCCUUGUGAGCCGCUUUUCUCAGCUUUGCCAGGACAGGAGUCAGAAAAGACAAAGCUGGCGAGUCAAUUUCUCAGUGUCAGCGUAAAUUCGGCAUCACUAUCACAUCUUGAUGUUGUAACAUCCGGAGACGCUGGCAGCGAUGUCAUCAGCUUCGCCAUUGAAGCUCUUGUGUACAGCACGAAGCGUCUCACUACCAUAUUCGUCAGCAAAGUCGACUCGACACCGUUCACACCAAGGAUCAAGCCAUCCCCAAUCAAAACGAGUGUAACGACAUUCCUGCGCUGGCUGGCCGAGCAAGAGAGACGCAGACAUCCUAAGAGGAAGACUGUGAUCUCUCUGUUCGCCCGAGCGCAGGCGCAGUAUCUGUUUCCAGGCUCUUCAGAUGAUAAGACGAAACAUGUUCUGGACGACCGACAGUUGAUCAAGUGGUGGGCACGAGUGCUUGAUCCGAUCAUCCCCUCAAACGUUUCCGAGGGCAAGGCAGAUAUCGAGCACCAGGCCUAUCUCACUGUGCCUUGCUAUGCGGACACCGAACUUACAUCGUUCAUGCCACCAGGAUCGACACCUGCAGCGGGUCAACCACGAUGGCUUCCAGGCAAUCCUCUUCUCGAGUUGGCGCGAACGAGAGGCAUACCAGAACAUGCACCUCCACGAUGCCUUCUGCCUCGCUUUCCAGACGAUCCGAAGGCAAGAUUCAUGCAGGAUCUCGACGAAGAGAUCGGGAUCAAUCAAGACUCACAGGUCACUGUCAGUCCGACUAAGAAGCGGAGUGGCAGAUGGAACUCAGUGCGCGAUCUUGAUCGAUUUUGGGAGGCAAUGGAGUUCAGACAAGAGUGCUCGUCUGGAAGAGUCGUUGGCUUUCUCUGGCUUGUCAUCUCGCCAAAGGGCAGUGACGAUGAAGCUGAACUCGAAGCGGCGACUUCUAGUCAAGCCAACAGUCAAGACUCUCUGGCCUCCAUUUCAACACCAGCACCAAGCAGUGAUCCGAUGUGUACAGACAACCCAUCGAAGCCGACAGCCGGAAGCCCGAAGAAGAGAAGACGGAAGCCACUCACGGGACCCAUCAUACCCAGACAGCCACGUCUGAAGGGUGGCUCGUCAAGUCUCUCGAACCUCGCAGUUAUGCAAGCCGAAGUCAACGCCCAAGCUGGUGACGGCCUACUUGUGUCAAAAGACGGUUACGACAAGGCAAUGCAGACACUACUUCACCUUGACUUUGCGAACUUGCAGGGAGCUGUGCGCUCGACAGCAAAGUGGGUCGCAGAAAUCAGGGGCAUAGCAGGAUUGAGUGGCGAUAUGGCAGUGGAAGUUGUCGGUAGUGCGAAGACGGAGGCGCCACCAGCUGCGCCCGCUACGAACGGAAGCUCAACGGUUAACGACCUGGGUGGUAUGAUCAGGAAGAAGAAGAGGAAGGCGGCAGAUGAGGUAUUGGAUGAAGCUCAUGCAGUGGCUGAGAAGGGACAAGAGGCGGCUGGGACCGGGCAGCCCGUCGUGAAUGUACUUGGUGGUGGGAUGAUUAGGAAAAAGCCGAAGCCUGCUGCUUCCUAG